AUGCCGAAAUACAUAGUUUCUUUUAAGCGUGACUCUCCCGAGGAGACCGUCCAACAGGUCAAGGACCAGAUCCGCGAUAGUGGAGGCAACAUCACCCACGAGUACACUCUCAUCAGGGCAAUUGCAGUCGAGCUCCCAGAAGUCUCCGCCUUGUCCGCUCAGGUCCUCGACAGCCACCCCCACGUUGAGCGCGUCGAGGAGGAUGGUGUCGUCACGACCCAGUAA